AUGGCGCUUGAAGAGAAGCCCCCUAGAAACUACUUCGUCGACAAGAUGUGCGCCGUCGCUGGAGGAGCUGCUGGGGUUGGCGAAGCGACGGUGCACGCUCUAGUUGCGCGGGGGGCGCGAGUGCUCAUCCUGGAUGUGAAUGACGAAGAUGGAGAGGCGCUGGCAAUCCUGCAUGGGCCCAAGGCCAUCUUCAUACACUGGGAUCCCAAGGAUGAGCGUGGGCUGGAGGAGGCCCUGCAGCAGGCCAUGAAGGAGUUUGACCUGCCGCUGCACGCCUACAUCGACUGCGCUGCCAUCAUCGGUGCGCUGGGGCCGAUAGAUCGGAUGCAUGUGGAGAGCUUUGCAGCGACGCUUGACACGAAUGUGACUAGCACCUUCCUGGGAAUUAAACAAGCCGCCAGGGUGAUGAAGAUGGAUGCUGUGAUCGGGGGCGCGAUAGUGGCGAUGUCCAGCACAGCGAGUGUGCGCGGGGGCCUGGCUCCAGCGGCGUUCACUGCCAGUCAGCACGCAGUCAUUGGGCUGACUCAGCAGGCCGCUGCUGAGCUGGCGCCAGCUGGCAUCCGUGUCAACUGCGUCUCCCCGACCAUCAUCGACACGCCCAUGUGGCGCAAGUACCUGAAGGGAGAUGUAGCAACCAGUCUGGUACAGGACCUGCAAUCCUAUCAGGCGUUGCCUCAUUUGGCCACAGUGGAGGACAUGGCAAAUUCCAUUGUGUUCCUGGCCAGCGAUGAGUCAGCAGCCAUAACCGGCAGCAACGUGGUAGUGGACGGCGGGGCACUGAGCGGCAUCGGAGGGCUUGCAGACAUACCGCAGGGGACAGGUGGCCACAAAUGUGCAUGA